AUCAAGUUCCUAGGCAUGCAGACUGCUUCUACAAACAUUUGUGAAAGAAUGGGUCGCUCUCAGGAGCUCAGUGACUCCAAGCGUGGCCCCGUGAUAGGUUGUCACCUGUGCAGUAAGUCCAUCCGUGACAUUUCCUUGUUACUAAAUAUUCCACAGUCAACUGUUAGUGGUAUUAUAACAAAGUGGAAGCAACUGGGAACAACAGCAAUUCAGCCACCAAGUGGUAGGCCACGUAAAAUGACAGAGCGGGGUCAGUGCAUGCUGAAGUGCACAGUGCACAGAAAUCGCCAACUGUUUGCAGAGUCAAUAGCUAAAGACCUCCAAACUUCAUGUGGCCUUCAGAUUAGCACAACAACAGUAGAGAGCUUCAUGGAAUGGGUUUCCAUGGCCGAGCAGCUGCAUCCAAACCUUACAUCACCAAGUGCAAUGCAAAGCGUUGGAUGCAGUGGUGUAAAGCAUGCCGCCACUGGACUCUAGAGCAGUACCUGCCUGACUGCAUUGUGCCAAGUGUAAAGUUU